CUCUCCCCGGCAAGGCACAAGCUUCCUCACCCACCUCGCCCCUCUUGCCCGCUCUUCUUCUCGCGUGCUUUCGAGAGAGACGAGAUGGGGUGUGACGAUAAUGUGCUCUCGCUUGUUCUGCUGUUCUCGCUCCUUGUCGUUCCGCAUCUCGUGCUGUCUGCUCCGCUUCACGACCCCGAUGUCGUGGUAGAAGAGGUCAACAGGAGCAUCAAUGCGUCGCGGAGGAACCUUGCCUACCUCUCAUGCGGCACUGGCAACCCGAUCGACGACUGCUGGCGGUGCGACCCGAACUGGGAGAGCAACCGGCAGCGCCUGGCGGACUGUGCUAUCGGGUUCGGGAAGAACGCCCUCGGGGGGAAGAACGGCCAGAUCUACGUCGUCACGGACUCGGGCGACGACGACCCGGUGAACCCCCGGCCAGGCACCCUGCGGCACGCGGUGAUCCAGGACGAGCCCCUCUGGAUCAUAUUCAAGAGGGACAUGGUGAUCCGGCUCAAGAAUGAGCUCGUCAUGAACUCCUUCAAGACCAUCGACGGGCGGGGCGCGAGCGUCCACAUCAGCGACGGGCCCUGCAUCACCAUCCACUUCGCCACCAACAUCAUCAUCCACGGCAUCAACAUCCACGACUGCAAGCAGAGCGGCAACGCCAUGAUAAGGGACUCCCCGGGGCACUACGGGUGGUGGACGGUGUCGGACGGCGACGGCGUGUCGAUCUUCGACAGCAAGCACAUAUGGGUCGACCACUGCUCGCUGUCGAACUGCCGCGACGGGCUCAUCGACGCCAACCACGGCUCGACCGCCAUCACGAUAUCGAACAACUACAUGACGCAUCAUGACAAGGUCAUGCUCCUGGGGUCCAGCGACUCGUACACCCGGGACAAGGACAUGCAAGUCACCGUUGCUUUCAACCAUUUUGGAGAAGGGCUGGUGCAAAGGAUGCCGAGAUGUAGGCUAGGGUAUUUUCAUGUGGUGAACAAUGACUAUACUCAUUGGGAGAUGUAUGCAAUUGGAGGGAGUGCAUCUCCUACCAUCUACAGCCAAGGCAACAGAUUUCUUGCGCCUGAUGACAGAUCCAAAAAGGAGGUGACGAAGCACGAGAACGCGGGGGAGGGCGAGUGGAAAGAUUGGAACUGGAGGUCCGAGGGCGACAUGUUUUUGAACGGCGCCUUCUUCCGGCAGUCGGGGGCAGGCGCAUCAUCUAAGUACGCGAGGGCCUCCAGCCUCAGCGGGAGGCCGUCGUCAAUGGUGGCUUCCAUGACCUACACCGCCGGCGUGCUCAGCUGCAGGAAGGGCUCCCGGUGCUGAUCUCGCCGCCGGCCACCCUUACUUAAUAGGGUGUAUUAUCGACUGAUCUAUCACUAUCGGAACAAGCGCUUUCCGCGCCCGGCUAUCUACCAAAUUAAGCAGAAAAUGUUGUUAGCUUUUUUUAGUUCGACUUGCUUGACGACCUCUCUCUGUCUCUCGGGACAAUGACCAGCCAAAAGGUCUGUCUCCGAAGUAGUACAAUGUACGUUUUAUCAGGAAACGAAAGAAAAUUAA